GCGAGGCUAAGUGGGGCCGAAAUCAUGAACCGGAGUUUUCAUAAGUCUCAGACCCUACGCUUCUACGACUGCAGCGCAGUGGAAGUCAAGAGCAAGUUUGGCGCUGAGUUCCGAAGGUUCUCCUUGGACCGCCACAAGCCUGGGAAGUUUGAAGAUUUCUACCAGCUGGUGGUGCACACCCAUCACAUCUCUAACACCGAAGUGACCAUCGGCUAUGCUGAUGUGCACGGGGACCUGCUGCCCAUCAACAAUGACGACAACUUCUGCAAGGCGGUCUCAAGUGCAAACCCCUUGCUUCGAGUCUUCAUCCAGAAGCGAGAAGAGGCAGACCAUUACAGCUUUGGAGCAGGCACUCUGUCUAGGAAGAAAAAGGUGCUGGUGACCCUGAGGGAUGAGGGUCUGCGUCGGCGUACCCACCUCAACAUCAGCAUGCCGCAUGACUUCCGCCCAGUGUCAUCCAUCAUUGAUGUGGACAUCCUCCCUGAGACACACCGCCGAGUGAGGCUCUACAGACAUGGCUGUGAAAAGCCACUGGGCUUCUACAUUCGAGAUGGCACCAGCGUGCGCGUGACACCCCACGGGCUAGAAAAAGUACCAGGUAUCUUCAUUUCUCGAAUGGUGCCUGGGGGCCUUGCAGAAAGCACUGGGCUACUGGCUGUGAAUGACGAAGUCCUGGAGGUGAAUGGGAUUGAGGUAGCUGGAAAGACAUUGGAUCAAGUCACAGACAUGAUGAUAGCCAACAGCCACAACCUCAUCGUCACUGUCAAGCCGGCCAACCAAAGGAACAAUGUGGUUCGCAGUAGCCGCACAUCCGGCAGCUCUGUCCAGUCCACAGACAGCACCACCAGUCACCACAGCCUGCCAGGCGCCCAUGCUCUACCGAAUUCUGAAGAAAUGGAGAGUGAUGAGGAAGCCGACAUCGUCAUUGAAGGGGCUCUAGAACCUCAACACAUUCCGAAGACACAGGCUGUACCUCCAGGCAGCCUCUCAAGGGCCAAUGGCACCAGCCUUGCUCACAGGCUGCACAGAGGGGACAUGAGCCUGCAUAGCUCUGGGAGGGAGAGCAAUGGCAGCAUCCACAGAUUUCUCAGCUCUCUGAAACCAGACCCGCGACACAGCCUGGUCCUCCCCCAAGGAGGAGUGGAGGAACAUGGGCCAGCCAUUACACUCUAGGGCUUGAGCACUUGGCCAGGCUGAAGUCCCAGACAGACUGUGUGUCACCGAGACCCACAGGUGGCAAGUAUUAAAUAGCAUGUAGUACUAUUAGAUGUAUAGUCACUCCAAAGGGAAAUGCUUUACAUUUUCAUGUCAAUUUUAAAAUAAGAAAAAUAAUUGUGUACUUUUCUUUUUUCUUCAUCAACCUUAUUCUUUAUUUAAACUUUUGAACAAGAAUACUAUUUUUGUAGAAUUUUUCCACAGAACUUAAAAUAUGCACAACUGCAAAUUUAUCUGGGCCAGGCCUCAGUGCAUGUCCAGAACCUUUGCGAAGUGAAACAAAACACAAAAGUGCGAAGAGUAUUUUUAACAUUUUUUAAAUACUUGUUUUUAAAAGUGAAGCUUUAUAGAUAACUUUUUUAAAAUCGUAAAAUUCAUAUUUUUAACCAGUUUGUGUAAAAAUAUCUUGUGAUGUCCGAGUGGUCUACUGACCCAGUAUGGCUGUGAUAGGAUAAUAGGAGCUAAGGCUGGGUCCCAUCACAGAAAGGCAGUUUUCACCAUUUACAGCCAGCUCAGAAAGCCCUCUGGCCUAUACCCAAGAACCACUGGGAUUACAGGGCCCUUCAUCUGUGGAGCUGUCCCAGCCGCAACAGUCAGGCAGUCACUGCUGUUGGCUUAAGGUGGAUUUAGGGAUCCAGCAACCCUGCUGGCUAGAAGGUAAGACCAGUGAUAACACGUGGGAUUAAUAGCCAACUGUUCCAUCCGUGUUUUCUUUGGGUUGGCUAACUAGGGCAGUUUAAGACAUCGUCAGUAGAGAGUGUCACCUCUCUAAAGGCCCACAGCAGUGAGUGGGGUGGAUGUACAUGCUAGCUUUGCUUCGGAGAGUUAUUUUUAUAAGACAUUAGAGCAUGUCGAUGCCUGUUCCUAGAAUAGUGAUCAAUGGCAGGAAUUAUCUUAACUAGAACAAGUCAUGUGGAACUUAAUAGUUUUGACAGAUCACUUUCCUUUGACCUUCUUAGAGGUUUAUUAAUGUCUCACCCAAUUAUUUUUUAUAUGAAUUGUGUUUUCUGUUUGGAUACAGUGUUGGGAUAGAAUAUCACAUUAACUGAGAACAAACUGACCAAGUGAAUCCUUCAUGUAAAUAAAGGUUUAAAGCAUCUUCGUCUUCCAGGUGCCCCAGAGUCUGGCUGCCCUUAUGGUCUAGCAUCACCUGCUGGUGAGAUGCAGAACUGUCCUGACUUCAGCAAUGCCAGACGGAGAAUGCAUCUCAGCAUUGUCCUUUGUCCAGAAUUCGUCCAGUCAAACCGUUUUUUCCUUUGGGGAACUGUUUACUGGGCAUAAGUGGCUUUGGCUGAGGAUUGUUACCUUGGCCUGUGUCUGCUUCUCAGUUAUGUGCCGAAUAUCAUUAACACAAGGAGAGCAAGAUGCUCAGCGGGUCUUGGUGAGGAUCCAGACACCCAGAUUCAUGGCUUCCAAAUUGCUAAGAGCAACUGUUUUGUUUCUGUGUUGCUGCAGCGAUCUGGAAUGUUUUUUACUAAGACAAAUAUUACAGAACCAAAAACAACUGAUGCUCAGUUCCUACAUGCCUUGUUCUCAGCUAUACUGUCGCUUGGUGUUCUGUGUUAAACACCCUGUGUUUGCUACCAAGAAAGAAAGUUAUGUUUCUUACCAUGUUUAAGUUAUUUGGUAAAUGUGAAUCAGUUUAUUCAAAAAGAAAAUUUUUUUAAAUGAGGAGGCCUGACCUUUGUGAGAUGUUGCCUGUAAUUACAUGUGUUUAGCAGAUACCUGAGAGUAUUUUUCUAAACAGAACUCUACUCCUACCGUUAUCUUUCUUCUUUCACAAGAAUCUGUCAUUAUAUAUUAAAUUUUGUUUUAUAUAUCAGAAUAAAAAACUUUUGAGUUAA